GUGUAGUACUUUUUUGCCAUUCUCACUCUCUAUCUGUCUUUUCCCCCUAUUGUUCCGUUUCCUCUCGAUUCUCUUCUCUAAUUAUAUUUUCCGAGUGCUCUCUUUCUCUUUCCUCAUCAUCUAUACUUUUCUCUUUUGCCUCCCUUUUUCUAGCUCCCUUUCUAGUUUCCUAACCGCUUGUUUGCACUUCCUUCUCCUUCUACCCUUGUGCUCCCUUUCUCUCUAUCUUUUCCUCUCUCUCUGACUCACUUUCUAUCUUCGUGACCGUUUGAUUGUUCUUUCGCCUCCUCCUUCUCCCACUAAACGUUAUACUCCAACUUCUUUGAUACAGUAUACUCCGCCUGUUACCACAUUUCUAAAAACGACAACCGAGUGUAGCUUCGGUGUUGCUUAACUCCUUCACUCACACACACACGCAAAACAUUGAGGGAGAGAGUGAGAGAAAGUCUUAGUCACGAUUACAGCAGCGAUGUCCGACUGCGAAAAAAGUGAGAAAAAUUCGAGGGCAAGUUCGCCCAAUGCAGAAAACAACCGUUACAGGUCUCCAUCGGGAUCUCGUUCCCGAUCACCUGUUAGAUCAAGGUCUAGAUCUAAAUCUCCAAGACGACGGCGAAUAACAGUUAAUUCAAAGCGAGUCUAUGUCUGCAAUAUUCCAUAUGAAAUGAAAUGGAUGGAAAUAAAGGAUAUUUUCAAAAAGGAAGUUGGUGAAGCUCCAUAUGUGGACAUGAUGGAAACUGUUGAUGGAAAACCUAAAGGAGCAUGCCUUUUAGAAUUCAAAGACAAAGAAACAGCCAGGAAAGCCAUUGAAAAAAUGCACAGAUACAAAGUUAAAGACAGACAGAUUGUUGUACGAGAGGAAAAAGAAAGCGAUCGACAAAUGAUGCAGCAGAUGAAAAACCAACAGCAGCAUUCUAUGGGUGCUGGUUUAGCUGGUCCUGGCCCAAUGGGCAUGGGCGGCAUGGGUAAUUGUGGAGCAACGUCAGGAUCUUCAGGGCCCAAUCCUCAGUUGCUCCAGAGUUUAGGAAUUGAAGGUCCUCUUACAAAUACAGUUUUUGUUGCUAAUCUUGAUUAUAAAGUAACAUGGAAAAAAUUAAAGGAUGUUUUCAAGCUGGCAGGAAAUGUACUUCGUGCUGAAAUAAAACAAGAUAAAGAGGGUAAAAGUCGAGGAAUGGGAAUUGUUACUUUCGAACAUCCAAUGGAAGCUGUACAAGCAAUUUCUAUGUUCAAUAGUCAAACCCUAUAUGAUAGAGCUAUGGUUGUUCGGAUGGACAAAACCAGUGUAGACACAUCAAAUGACAAAACCACACACCCAAAAGUUUCUCUUCCAAGUGGCUUGAAAACAAUUGGCUUGGGUCUUGGUGUUGGAGGACAGCCUCUGCAGAACUUCAAUAAUCAAAUGUCAGGUGGUGGAGGUGGCGGUGGCGGUGGCCCAAUGGGAGGAUUUGGUGGUAGUGGAGGUGGUUCUGGCAGUAAUUAUGGUAACAUGGGAGCUAUGGGUAGUGGCAUGGGUAACAUGGGUGCUGGACCUAUGAAUAACUAUAGCGGUAUGGCGGGUGGUAUGGCAGGUGGCAUGGAUAAUAUGGGUGGUGGUAUGGGUGGCGGUAUGGGUGGUAACAUGGGUGGCAUGAAUACUGGUAUGAAUACUGGCAUGAACACUGGUAUGAAUACUGGUAUGUCAGGAAUGGCUGGCAAUAUGAGUGGAGGUAUGUUGCCAGGUAAUAUGGGCAUGUCUGGUAUGGCAGGUAUGUCUGGUGCCAGUAGUAUGGGUAGUGGUACAGGUGGUAUGGGAGGUGGAAUGGGUAGUGGUAUGGGAGGUGCAGGUAUGGGUAGCAACAUGACCACAGGUAGCAUGGGUGCUAUGGGUAUGUCUAGUGGUAUGAGUGGUGGUGGAAGCAUGGGUGGUAUGGGUGGUGGAGGUGGUAUGGGAGAUGGUUAUGGUAUGGGUGCAAGUAAUUUAGGCCCAAAGAACUUUGGCUCAAACCAAGGGAUGGGUGAUACUUUUUCUAGCAACAUGAGUGGGAUGGGUGGCUUAGGUAGUAUGGGCAUGAUGGGAAGCAUGGGCAAUCAGGGCAUGAGUAUGUCUGACAUGAGUGUCCACGGCUUAUCUGGAAUGGAUGGACGAACCAUGAUGAAGAACAUGAGUAGCAGUGGAGGUACAGGUUCUGGUGGAGGUGGUGGUGGUGGCAGCACAGGACGUGAUGACUGCCACAUUGCUGUGAGAAAUCUACCUCACUCAUUCACAUGGCAGAUGUUGCGAGAAAGAUUUAGAGAUGUUGGUGAUGUAAAAUAUGCUGAGAUUAAAACAGAUGGUGGUAAAUGCCGUGGUUGGGGAGUAGUAAGAUUUGCUACUCCAGAAGAUGCACAAAGGGCAGUCAAUUUAAUGAAUCAUGCUCGCAUUGAAGGGCGAGAAAUAGAGUGUUUUCUAACAUCUAAAGAUCUACCUCACUCUGGCAUUCCAUCAUAGCAACAUAGAUUUUUAUAAUGGAUCCUUGAGACUGCAAAAUUAAUGUUGCAGCUUUUAUACAUGUUUUGAGAUGGUAUGAUGACAGACUUGAGAAUUCUUAUACUUUCUAAAAGGCAUGUGGUUGUGAACGCUAAUUACAAAUGUGGAAAAAUGAAAUUUUAUAUGAACUAUCCUGAAUUUGUACAAAUUUAUUUUAUAUCCAUACAAACUCAUUCAUUUUUUACAAAGCAUAUAUUUUGUGCCAUUUUUCAUAUAUUUGUCAUUUAAAUAUUCAUAACUAACAUUUCUACAAAUCGUAUAUAUUUUAAACAUGCUCAUUUAAACAUUGAGUUUUUAUAGCUCAUUCUUAGAGAUUCUUCUCUUUGAUCUCAAUUUUUGAUGCCUUGUGCUCAAAAUUAUUACAAAACCAUAGUCUUUCCGAAAGUGAAAUCUGUGAUAACAGUCCAACUGUGAUUCCUCAUUAGUCAUUUCAUCUAAAUAAAAUAUUCAACUUUUUUUUAUUAUGUUUACAUCUGUUUAAAAGAUUUACUAAUUUGACAUUCAGUUAGUGAUAAGGGAAAAUAACAUAUGCCAUUACAUUUCAAUUUUACUGGUUUUAUAUUUGUAAAAACUUUCCAGAUAGAGCGUCAAAAGGAACAAGACUCUGUUUUUCAUAGUUGCUCUUAUAUAUGUCGAUAAAUUAUUAGUUUCUUCAAUAUAAUUAUCACUUAAUCACUGGUUCAUUCAGUUUUUAAACUAGCAGAAUUUUGAUAUAUCAUUGUUCUUCACUGCCAUAUUCUUAUCUGAUUAUAAUUUUGUUAUAUUUCCAACUAAAAAUACAUCCUCUGUGUUUUCAAUUUAAUUCCUGAAUAACCAGGAACUUAGACUGGUUUCAUGAAACAACUUUUUUCUGAUAAAUGAAUAUUGUUUGGAAUACAAUUAAAGGUUUUUAGAUAAAUCUGAAUUUUUGUCUCAAAUUUACUCUAAAUUGAUGGUAAUUUCAGUGAAAUGAAGUGUGACUGAGUUAGCCAUUAUGCUUGGAUUGGAUUGUGCAUAUAUCAGGUGCACCAUAUAGCUAAACUAGAACGAUGUAAUUGAAUUCAUUAAUUUCUGAAAAAUAUAAAUUUUUAUUCAGUUAGCCAAUGUGUACAUGAAUUUUUGCAAGUCAUCUUGCAGGUAAAUAAAAUUGCAUGUGCACGAC